AUGGGACCGGGCGGCUCCCGUGGUGUACCUGUGUUAGUGCCAGGCGUCGAAGUGCAGCUGCUGCUGUUCGAAUCGUUCGGCGGGUUCGGAAAGGGGGUCCGUGAGAUCCUCCGGAGAGCGGCGGACGUGCUACAGAACAAGCUGACGCGGGCCCAGUACCUCGAUGAGGUGACUUGGACCACCAAGAGCUGGCUGGGGCUGCAGAAGCAGCGCAUCUCAGUCGUUCUUCACACGGCCAUCGCAGAGCAGGCGGCUCCCGUGGUGUACCUGUGUUCGUGCCAGUGCGCGCCAGUCCCGUGCCCAGCGCUCUCGUCCGACGGAGGGAUGCACAGCCGCAAGGGUCUGCGGCUCGGCCUCCACCUGCACCCCGAGCAGGAGGGCCCGGGGUACGUCGAGAGCUUCCGCCGGUGGAGCGAGUGGCUCGACGGCAGCUCCGCAUCGCUGCAGCGCGAGCUGGGCGUUUUGCGCUUCCCGAUCCUGCUGCACUGCUUCAUUGGCAUCGCGUGCCGGCUCGGCGACAUGGCGCCCGCCCGCCGCUUCCUGCAGGAGCAUGCGCCGAAGCUGCGCGACGAGGCGCAGCGGGCGGCGGCGAGCACGCUCGAGAAGCUGCAGCACGCGGCGCAGCUGCAGGAGCACGAGGGCGCGCGGCGCUACCUCGUGCACCGGACGACAGUGUUCUGCUCGCCAGAGGCGCGGGAGAGUGCGUGGGAGGCGCUGGUCGCCUUCCUCACCGCCUCGCAGCUCCCUCUCCUCCUCCGUGUCCUCACGAGGCACUUCGACGUCUUCGCCGUCGCCUCCGUCUGCGGCCGCGCGGACGGCGCGCUGCAGUUCUGCCGCUUCUCGCAGAGCGCGGCGACGCAGUCUCGCUUCGCCGCCAGCGGGGUCGACCUCGAGUCGCGCUGCCGCGUCGUGCCCGGCCACAGCGGACCUGUCUACAGCGUGGCUCUGUCGCGCAACCUGCAGCAUGUGCUGAGUGGCUCCCAGGACGGGUCGGUGCGGCUGUGGAGCUGGCAUCAGGCGGCCGUCCUCGCCACGUACCACAACCACGGCUACCCCGUGUGGCACGUCUGCCUCGCCUCGCACCAGUCGCACUUCCUCUCCUGCUGCCACGACGGGGGUCUCCGCCUCUUCGACACGCAGAGGCUCUCCCCGCUCCGGCUGAUGGCCGGCCACCUCGCGGACGUCACCGCCGCCACCUUCCACGCCUCGGAUGCGUACGCCCUCUCCGCCUCGCAGGACUGCAGCCCCCGC